GAUGGCCCGAGUUCGGGGGGCGGGGCCGACUGAGACCCGCACCUUGAUCCCGCGGCUGAGAAGACCGCGACCCUCCUGCACAUGGCGUCGCACGUGUUCCUCACCGGGCCGCCAGGGGUUGGAAAAACCACCUUGAUUCAGAAAGCCAGUGAGCGUCUGCAGUCCUACGGGGUGCCUGUGGAUGGAUUUUACACGAAAGAAGUCAGGCAGGGAGGAAGGAGGACAGGAUUUGAUGUGAUCACCUUGUCUGGUGCUCAGGGGCCACUGUCCAGAGUCAGGUCACAGCCUCAGUCCGGGAGGCUUGACUGCAGAGUCGGGCAGUAUGUGGUUGAUCUGACUUCUUUCGAGCAGUUGGCACUUCCUGUCCUGAGGAAUGCGUGUUCUGGCAGUGACCCAAAGAAGAAAGUAUGUGUCAUCGAUGAGAUUGGAAAGAUGGAGCUUUUCAGCCAGCCCUUCAUCCAGGCUGUCCGCCAGACACUGUCCUCGCCAGGAACCGUGGUCCUCGGAACAAUCCCAGUUCCCAAAGGGAAACCACUGGCCCUCGUGGAGGAGAUCAGGAACAGGCCUGAUGUGAAGGUGUUCAGCGUCACCAAGGAAAACAGAAACCACUUGCUGCCAGAUAUUGUGAGGUGUGUGCAGAGCAGCAGGAUGUGAGCUGGGCCGAGUCCUUGCGCCGCUGUCCCCAGGGAUGCUUGGGUCAAGUGCAGCUUCUGACGCCUCCCUCCCUUCUGUCUGCUGAGUGAGGUUUGG